GACGUAUCAUACAAGCUGCUGCUCCGCCACUCGUUAUACGUAGCUGAUUGUUGUUAUUAUUUUCUGAUAUUUUUACGCACGAACACCUUUUUGCAUUUUAUUUACACGGCGUAGGUGACAGAGUCGCUUGUUUCUCUGCUGUAGAGUGCUUGGGCUCAUUCCGAAGGACGGGCUGCUUAUCAGUCAGUCCAGUUGCAAUUGAUCUGCGGAUAGAUUACGAUGAUAAAGUAACCAAGAUUUACGUCAAUAAUUACAAGUGUGACAGACAUAAAUUGGGCAUAUAUCUAUAUAGAUUGCGGCGACGACCUCGUCACCAUCAGCUAGUUUGGAUACAUUUUCGUUUGAGUGUUUUGCUCCUAUUAUUGUAAGUUGAGUUUUGUAAAUAAAGCAAAAAUGAGCACUGUACGCUGCUGCUUGAUUGGUGCCAGCAGGUUAGCUUCGUCAAAUCACGUCUCCAACCAUGUACACAAAUUAGUGAGAAUCGUUGCUUCUCGACCAUUAACUACAACUGGAAUCCUGUCAAAAGCUCCAACUGAGCCUACACCUCCUAGCAAUGAAGGAAACAUAAGUAAUGCAAGUGCUGGUGGGAUAGCAGGUGGCAGUGGUGGAGAUAAAAAGAAUCUUAUAUGUCCAAAGUGUGGAGAUCCUUGCACUCAUGUUGAAACAUUCGUCUCUUCAACUAGGUUUGUCAAGUGUGAAAAGUGCCACCAUUUCUUUGUUGUCCUGUCUGAAAUUGAUUCUAAGAAAAGUCUCAAGGAAGCUUUAAGACCAGAAGAUCCCAAGCAAGGAUUUUACAGAAAACCACCACCUCCACCAAAAAAAAUUUUCGAAUAUUUGAAUAAACAUGUCAUUGGUCAAGAGUAUGCAAAGAAAGUUCUCAGUGUUGCUGUUUACAAUCAUUAUAAAAGAAUUCAUAACAACUUACCACUUCAGAAUGCACCAGCGCAAAGCAACGCGACUCCAGCAGCAAGUCAGGAUCAAAUGAAUCAACCUUUUACUCACAGAGGUCUCAAGCCACACCUCCUUCAUAUAUCUAGUAUUGGAAAUUCACUUGGAGUUGGUUUUCAACAUGUUCCUACAGGCAAUGAUCAUCAGCAAAAACCAUCCGCUAGUUCUCAAACUGUACCAGGGUCAGAUAUUUUAGAUAGCAAGCAUCACCAAUUAAAGUUAGAAAAAAGUAAUAUCCUCCUGUUGGGUCCUACCGGAUCCGGUAAAACAUUAUUAGCUCAAACUAUUGCUCAGUGUCUGGAUGUUCCAUUUGCCAUUUGUGAUUGCACUACAUUGACUCAGGCAGGAUACGUCGGAGAGGAUAUUGAAAGUGUGAUCGCAAAGCUUCUUCAAGAUGCCAAUUAUGUUGUUGAUAAAGCACAAAUGGGUAUUGUUUUCUUAGAUGAAGUUGACAAAAUAGGGGCGGUACCUGGAAUCCACCAAUUGAGAGAUGUUGGUGGUGAAGGUGUUCAACAAGGAAUGUUGAAAAUGUUAGAAGGAACAAUAGUUAACGUGCCAGAAAGAAAUAGCUCAAGAAAAUUAAGAGGAGAUACUUUACAAGUGGACACUACAAAUAUUUUAUUCGUUGCUUCUGGAGCCUACAAUGGAUUGGACAGAUUAGUAUCGCGAAGAAAAAACGAAAAAUAUCUUGGUUUUGGGGCUACACCUGCAUCUGAAAGCCCAGGAAGAAGAGCCGCAAGUCUUGCAGAUGUAGCAAACAUGUCACCAUCCACAGAAGACGAUAACAAAGAGAAAGAUAUACUUUUGCGGCAAGUGGAAGCAAGAGAUCUUAUUGACUUUGGUAUGAUUCCAGAGUUUGUUGGUAGAUUUCCAGUGCUUGUACCCUUCCAUACUUUAAAUAAAGAAAUGCUAGUGAGAAUUUUGAUGGAACCUAAAAAUGCCAUGGUCCCUCAGUAUCAAAUGUUAUUUUCUAUGGACAAAGUCGAAUUAACAUUCACUCCAGAAGCUUUAGAUGCCAUUGCGUCUCUGGCAAUGGAAAGAAAAACUGGAGCUCGAGGUUUGAGGGCCAUAAUGGAAUCACUCUUACUAGAACCAAUGUUUGAAGUACCAGGAAGUGACGUAAUGACUGUUCAUGUAACUGAAGGCUGUGUGCGAGAUCUUGAGAAACCUCAAUACAUAAGGAGAGCAGAAACGACCGCUGAAGAUGAACUUCAGCAAGCGCAACAGAUAAACAAUUAACAUUCAAUUAAAACAUGAGACAUUAAUGAGUGUUGCGAAACCUUAGCGAAAUUUUCGUGAUUCUAAAGAAUGUUAUUUACAUCAAAUGUUACAAAUUAUUAAUUUGCUCCCCGAUAGCAAAUGAUAUUUCAAUUAUUAAUUUAACAAAAUAAACUUAAAACGUUGUCAAUUGGCGUUUUCGUAGGUGUAUACACACAAUACGUGUUGCGUGUACAUUUUGAUUCUAUCUUUUGUUUUUUUUUUUAAAUCAUCAAGAAAGAAACGUCUUUUACUCUAAUAUGGUGGUUUUUUGUUACAUUUGUCUGUUUUAUUUGCUACUUAUCUUUUUCUAUGCAAUUUUUAAUAUCAAAAAAAGUUUUUAACUCAACAAAAGAUUUAAUCGGAAUAUCAAAGCUCAGUGUAAUUAAUUUUAAAAUUGUAAUUGAAAGUGACUCCUGAUGAAUAGAUAAAGAUUAUUUUGUAUUAUAUUGUAAAUAGCGGUAGGUAAGUAAUGAAAAUAUUAAAAAAAAAAAAAAAUUUAAUCCAGAUAACUUUCUACGUUCUGUUUAGAAAACUUGAAAAGAAACUUUGUUAAAUUGUCGUUUGAAAAGUGAUGAUUUGACUCUUAAAUAAUUUCGCUUCAGAGAAUUUAAAGUGUAUGAAUACUUAUAUUUAUAAUAAAACUAUUAAAAAAGUAA